AUGCAAUUAAAUCAUGAUCUUUUGGUCCCUCAACUUCCUAUAGAUGAUCAUAUCCAGAACGUGUUCCAGUCACGGCGCUUCUGCGACUCAUAUCCGCUGGGUGAUUGUGUUGUUGUGGCUUGUGACCUUGAUCUUCCGGUAGGUGACUCAAGUGCACCACCUUCCAUUGGACGAAAAUCCCUUCACCUUACAAGCCCUAGGUUUAUUUUAUCUAAUUAUGUGGUUGUGUUUAGAGCUCUGCUUCCUUAUGAGCAGGUUAUACAUCAAAAGCCAAAGAAAACACAGGAUGCAAUAAGUCAUGACCUCUGCCCAAUCACUUUGAUAUCCAACUUCAUUACCUCUAACCAAAAUAUGGACCAAAAAACAUUGCUUCAUAGGAAAAGAUUGGUUGCUGUCAACAGUGAAGCUAAAAUUUUUGUAAAAGGAAAUGAAGAAGAGAAUCUUCUCUAUGAUAAAAAGGCAGCUUUAGAAGAAACUGUGAAAAACCUCCAUGAAGAGGUAGCUUGUCUUGUGUGUGAGUGUAAUACAAAAGAUGAACUCAUGGCUGAACAUUUGAAAACAACACAAGAAGCCAUAGCAGGGAGGGAAAAGGCGGAAGCAGAAGUGGCUAAAUGGAAACAAGAACUAGAAGACACAUUACAACAUAAUGUAGCUGCAUAUGAGAGAUUAGUUCACUUAUGUGACAACCCGAAACUUUUUCCAUUAUCCUUACUCAAUUUCCGUUAA